AUGCCGGCUGGGGCUCUUGCUGUUUAUCUCUUCUGCCUUCUCGCCAUGUCUUCAGCCUGCUACAUCCAGAACUGCCCCCGGGGAGGAAAGAGAGCACUGCCCGAUGCAGAAAUCCGACAGUGUAUCCCUUGCGGUCCUGGAAACAAAGGGAACUGCUUUGGCCCCAGCAUCUGUUGCGGGGAAGAGCUGGGUUGCUAUUUUGGUACUUCUGAGACUCUGCGUUGCCUGGAGGAAAAUUUUCUCCCUUCUCCUUGUGAGGCCGGUGGGAAGCCCUGCAGCGCGGGCGGGCGAUGUGCUACCUCUGGCAUUUGCUGCAAUGACGAGAGCUGCGUCUCCGAUGCCUCCUGCGGUGAUGAGAACAACGACCGGGGCCGAACGUCCUCGGAAAGGAAUCUGACCCUGCUGGAUGGCUCAGCCGGAGACCUCCUGCUCAGACUGAUGCAUCUGGCCAACAAGCAACAACCAGGAAAGCAGCUAUUUUAUUAA